UUCAUUUUCAUUUUUGUGACUAAAAAUGCGAGGCACUCUGGGCGCAGAGUCAACGCAACUUUGCCUAAAGGAAAUGCGAAAAAAAAACAUCUGAGGAUAGUCAGCUUGUACCAAGGGAAGCAGUGCAAACUCAACAAAGUCGGAAGAGGACAACGACUGCCCCAAAGAAAAGGGAAAGGAAACAGCUAGAUUUGGAUGUUAUGGGAGCAGGUAAGAGCACACCAAAUGAGGACGAGGUUGUUGUAACGCCCUGCAACGUGAGAGAAAGCUUACAGAGGUGUCCCACCUGUUCCUCAGUCCUGCACAUUGUCCAGGGAACAGACUGGCAGGCCAGUCCAGUGACUCAGUGUAUCAACUGCCCCACCAAGCCCUACCUCUGUGCUACCUGCUUCUCUCCCUGGCAAGGUUCUCCUGGGGUGCUGGGCCACUGUGCCAACAAGAGGUGUGCAGUGGUGGGAAACCUCCUCACCUGUGGGCUGAUCACCGACCCAAACAGCCCAGUAAAGGGCUGUCCAGAGUUCCGUGCUUGUCCCAAAUGCUACUGUCUACUCAUGCACAACAACAAAGGCUGCAACAAUGUCACCUGCCUGCAGUGCCACCAUGAUUUCUGCUACAUCUGCUUGAGCUCGGAAGAAUGUGAUACUCACUCUAAACCAGCUGCGCGACAGCGAUUCCAUAUGUAAUUAGGAUGCCUUCCAUACUACAUUCUCAAGAACAGCCACUGGCCUCACAAUCCUUUGCAAUUUAAUCUGCUAUUGAAGGUGAAUAGGACAUGCAAGUUCAGUUAAUCAAUUAAUGGAUAGUAACUUUUUAGGGGGAUUCAUUUAUAAGUCCGCCUAUAUUCCCAACGAGCAGAUCUGAAUACAAUGCCAAAUGAAGAAACAUAUUCGAUAAAUCAGGGACCAUAUAGACUAAUAUCAUGGCAUUUGUUUCAAAUGAUGUUGAAAAUUACAUGUAAAUGGAAAGUUUUAGAAAAGCACUACAGAACACAAACUGCUGUCAGAUUUCCAAUGAUGAAAUAAUUCCUUUCUGAGAAAAUCUUCAAGAGCUGGCUUAGAAAUAUCUAGUUUCUAAUCACUUCUGGCAGUGAUCAUUCUUUACAAAUCCACAGCACUUUAAAAGAAGAGUAAUUGA